AUGAAGCAAAAUUGCCAUAUAAAAUUAACCGAUUUUAAAAACUCCUCGUCAACAACAUCAACCAAAACACUUGCAUCAUCUUGUAUUAAUUUAUUAGUUAAUAACCAUCUUAUGAAAACAAUGAUUGAUUCGGGCUCUGAUGAUUCAUUUAUUAGUCCAGAAGCUUUAGCCAAAAUUUCUCCACAACCUGUUAUACAUCCGGCUAAUAAAGAUUUUCAAGCUAUGAAUGGUACACAAGUUAUCGUAUCUGGUUAUGUGAUAUUAACAAUCGAUUUCGAUAAAAACUUGUCGGAUGAAAUAAUCUAUGUGUCACCUCAAACCAACAUUGAUUUACUUUUAGGACAAACAUGGAUUAAGAAACAUCAAGCCAUUCUUAAUUGUAAAGACCAAUGUAUUACCAUCAUGACUCGUAAUGGUCCCAGAUCCAUUCGAUAUAUACCAGCAUAUGAUGAUAAUAGUGGUGAUAUAUGUCAACAAUACAAUAUUCGAUUAGUACAUGAUGUUACUAUUAAAUCACGAACCGUACAACCAGUUGAUGCUAUUUGUCCAUCAAUUUCAAAUGCCGACACUGUUAUAUUCCGUCCACAACAACAAUUACAAGAAGAUCUUUCGAUAUUAAUUCAGAACAGUUUAUUGAAUAUAUACCAUCAUCGAACAACGUUAUAUAUUGUUAAUCAUACAGAUUCUGAUUGUGUACUACCAAAAAAUUCCAAAAUAGGUAAAGUUCGUCACGUUCCAUUAACUAAUCUUUGUUGUAAUGUUACUGAAUCAUUUGAAUCAUUGAAAUCUGAUGAUGUUAUACCACAUAAGAUUUUAGAAGAUAUUAAUAGAUUAAUUAAACAUUUAAAACCAGAACAUCAACAAUUAAUUCAUCCGAUAUUAUUACAAGAAUGGAAAGUUUUUGAUAUUAGUAAACCAUCUCAAGCUACAGAUUUGAAAACAAAACAUCGAAUAAUAACACAAGAUCAUCCACCUAUUUAUCAACGGCCAUACCGUGUCCCUGAAUCGAUCAAACAACAACAGAAAGAGUUAACCGAUGAAAUGGAAAGAAAUGGUCAAAUCAGUAGAUCUCAGUCUCCAUGGGCAUCACCAGUUUUACUAGUGAAGAAACAUGAUGGUAGUCCAAGAUUUGUUGUUGAUUACCGCAAAUUGAAUUCUAUUACCAUUCGAGAUAGCUACCCACUUCCUCGAAUGGAUGAUACUAUUAAUAAAUUAGCUGGAGCUCGGUAUUAUUCUAAAUUCGAUCUGAAAUGUGAAUACCAUCAAAUUCCAAUUGACUCCCGAGACAAGCAGAAAACGGGAUUCACAACAUCGUAUGGAUUGUUCGAAUUCAAUGUUCUUCCACAAGGAUUAAUCAAUGGUCCACCUGUUUUUCAAAGAAUCAUGAAUGAAGUAUUAGGAGAUUUAUUAGGUCAUCAUUGUUUAGUAUAUUUAGAUGAUAUUAUCACGUUCUCCCGCAACUUCUUUCUCUUUGCAUCAGCAUUUCGUAAAGUUUAUUUUUAUACUAAUCACUACGAGACUAUUAAAACUUAA